ACUAGGAAGAAACUUGAAGCUGCCAAGGUUUCCCCGUGCCCGUCCCCGCUGCUCCCGCGCCCCUUGGCCCCGGCCGCGCCGAGCCGUCGGGAGCCCUGGCCAUGGGGCUGUGCGGGCCGUCGGCGGUGUGAGCGCGGGCCUCCCGCGGGCUCCCCGGACAGGCCGAGGGCGGGAGGCGGGAGGCGGGAGGCGUCGUUGCAGCCGCGGGCCGGGGCGCCCCCGCCGGCCAGGGCUCGGGGCACCAUGAACAUAGACGUGGAGUUCCACAUCCGACACAACUACCCCUGGAGCAAGUUGCCGGCCAACGUGAGGCAGAGUCUUGGAAAUUCACAGAGGGAAUAUGAAAAGCAGGUUGUCCUGUACAGCAUCCGCAAUCAGUUACGAUAUAGAAAUAACUUAGUUAAACAUGUCAAGAAAGAUGAACGCAGAUACUAUGAGGAACUACUGAAGUACAGUCGAGAGCAUCUCAUGCUGUACCCUUACCAUUUAUCAGAUAUUAUGGUAAAGGGCCUGAGGAUAACACCAUUUUCAUAUUAUACUGGGAUUAUGGAGGAUAUUAUGAACAGUGAGAAAAGUUAUGAUUCCCUGCCCAAUUUUACUGCUGCUGACUGUCUAAGGCUUCUUGGCAUAGGAAGAAACCAGUACAUCGAUCUGAUGAAUCAGUGUAGAUCGUCAAAAAAAUUUUUCAGAAGGAAAACAGCUCGUGAUCUUCUCCCAGUAAAGCCGGUAGAAAUUGCCAUAGAGGCGUGGUGGGUGGUGCAGGCUGGAUAUAUCACAGAAGACGACAUAAAGAUAUGCACUUUGCCUGAGAAAUGCGCUAUUGAUAAGAUCAUCGAUGCAGGCCCUCAGCUCUCUGGAUCACUAGAUUACAAUGUAGUACAUAGUUUAUAUAACAAAGGAUUUAUUUAUCUGGAUGUACCAAUAUCUGAUGACAGUUGUAUAGCAGUUCCUCCUCUUGAAGGUUUUGUAAUGAAUCGAGUGCAAGGUGAUUAUUUUGAAACUCUGCUCUAUAAGAUAUUUGUUUCAAUAGAUGAGCAUACUAAUGUUGCAGAGCUUGCAAAUGUCCUUGAGAUAGACUUAUCCCUGGUGAAGAAUGCUGUUUCAAUGUAUUGCCGAUUGGGCUUUGCCCAUAAGAAGGGACAAGUAAUAAAUUUGGAUCAACUUCAUUCAUCGUGGAAAAAUGUUCCAUCUAUAAACAGAUUAAAGAGUACUUUAGAUCCACAGAGGAUGCUCUUGUCCUGGGAUGGCGGGGAAAGCAGGAGUCCUGUACAGGAAGCGUCUUCGGCUACUGACACUGAUACAAACAGUCAGGAGGAUCCAGCCGACACAGCCAGUGUAAGCAGUUUAAGUUUGUCUACAGGAUAUACAAAGCGUAUUGCAUUUCUGUUUGACUCAACUCUCACUGCCUUUUUAAUGAUGGGAAAUCUUUCACCAAACUUGAAAAGCCAUGCAGUCACCAUGUUCGAAGUUGGCAAACUCUCAGAUGAGUCUCUGGACAGCUUUCUUGUGGAACUGGAAAAGGUUCAGAGCACUGGUGAAGGAGAAGCACAGAGAUAUUUUGACCAUGCGCUUACUCUGAGAAACACAAUACUAUUUCUUCGUCACAAUAAAGAUCUAGUUGCACAAACUGCACAGCCAGACCAGCCCAAUUAUGGUUUUCCUCUGGAUCUCUUACGCUGUGAAAGCCUUCUUGGUUUGGACCCUGCAACUUGCAGCAGAGUUCUAAACAAAAAUUAUACACUACUUGUUUCCAUGGCUCCUCUCACCAACGAGAUUCGGCCUAUCAGCAGCUGCACCCCUCAGCAUAUUGGACCAGCUAUCCCAGAAGUCAGUUCUGUCUGGUUUAAACUGUACAUUUACCAUGUCACUGGGCAGGGACCACCAUCUCUUUUGCUGUCCAAAGGUACAAGACUUCGAAAACUGCCAGAUAUUUUCCAGGGUUAUGAUCGAUUACUAAUAACAUCUUGGGGUCAUGAUCCUGGGGUAGUUCCUACAUCAAAUGUGCUCACAAUGUUGAAUGAUGCUUUAACACAUUCGGCGGUUUUGAUUCAGGGACAUGGCUUCCACGGGACAGGAGAAACUGUCCACAUACCAUUUCCAUUUGAUGAGACAGAACUACAAGGAGAAUUUACUCGUGUCAAUAUGGGUGUUCAUAAAGCAUUGGAAAUAUUAAGGACUAAGGUGGACUUGCAGCAUUUUUGUGGCUAUAUCACCAUGUUGAAUGCUUCGAGCCAACUUGCAAGCAGAAAACUCAGUGAUGCUUCUGAUGAGAGAGGUGAACCUGAUUUGGCUUCUGGCUCAGAUGUAAAUGGAAGUACAGAGUCGUUUGAAAUGGUCAUUGAGGAGGCAACUGCAGAUUUAGCAACUAAACAAAACUCUGUUGCCACAACAGAAGCAGAUUGGGUUCCUCUUGAGCUGUGCUUUGGAAUUCCACUGUUUAGUUCUGAAUUAAACCGGAAAGUUUGUAGAAAAAUUGCUACCCAUGGCCUUUGCAGGAAAGAGAGCCUUCAAAACCUCUUACAUUCCAGUAGAAAACUUUCUCUACGAGUCCUUAACUUUGUUCACUCAUUCCAGGAAGGUGCUGCAACACUGGAUAUUCACACAGAGGCCAGCUUUUCAAGUUUGCUCUCCCCGUCAUCCCAAGCAGAUCUGGGAGUCCCACUGCCCGCAAAGAACUUAGUAUUUAAAGAUGGCAUCUUAUCAGAAUGGAGUGGACGGUCACCUUCCUCACUGCGCAUCGCUAGUCUCCAUUUGCAAUGAUUUGGUUACACCAUUUGUUGCUCACACUCUCUGCCUUUUUUCUUUCUUAAGGUUAGCUUUAUAGCGCCAGCCACUGAAAAAGUACCCUGCCGCUGCCGUGCGAUUCACGCUUACCUGAUGUUCAAAGUUUGGGGAACACGUUCAUGGUUUCUGAAGUUUUCCUCAUCGUUGCACUUCCUAAUGCAACCAAGAGCUUUUUAGCAGCCUGCACUGUAUUUUUUACCUUGAGACAAUCUGCAUUUCUUUUAUAAAACAGGAUAUACUUUAUAGGCUUUAUGAUGACUGUUAAGUUUAUAAGCAGUCACUACGAAUAUUGCAGUGGUAAUUUUAUAUGUUAGGUUAUCAAACGUAAAUCUUGUUUAGUUUUAUAUUUUGUUACUUACUCUGUAGGGGAUCAUGGGAAGAGGGGAACUCUUCCUUUGCAAAGGCUUCUUGGUACUUCAAGUAGCAAAACUAUGAAACAUACACAUCCAGUCCUGAGAAAUGAUGUGACGGGGCAUUACGAAUUCCUGUGGCUGUCUGUAAAUUAUGUAUAUCAGUUGAACAUUGUUGAAGGUAUGUAAAUCAGCAUAGUUCUGUAUAACUUACCCUUGAUUUACAAGGUCUUAACUCCGACUCUGACUCUACAUUGACAUCUCAUGAGAAGCUUUGGAAAGCAUUCUAUUUUUAAACAACAUUUAUAUGUGGACUUCUGUUGUCACUCACUUUGGACUUUAUAUUUUCAUAGAGUCUUUCUGGAAAAAUAGAAUUUAUUUUCCGUUCUUGUAGCUGUGGCUGCUGCACAUUUUCACCGUGACUUAUUUUUGUUUGUAGUGUUACUAAUUAAUUGUUAUGAAAUUGAAUUUGAUGUUCUCAAACCAAGGGUUGUGAUUUUAGGUUAGAAUUAUAUAAGAGAAGCAUUAAAGCUAUGUCUUCUGAUCAAAAUACUUUAGUGAAAAGCCUACUUUGAAGACCUAUUCUUAGGCAGUUUGGAUCUUAAAUUUAUGUGAAUAGUUUGGGGAGGAAAUGAUAAAGGAAAAUUGAAUAAUUUCAAAAUGUUUCUUGAGUCAUUGAUUCUUUUAGUGUCUCAAAUAUUAGAAUAAUUGGAAUCACUUUUUAGAUUUUUCAAGUUACCUUGGGAAAUUUGUGCAGUGUUAUAGUUUAGUUUAGCUCUUCUCCUAGGAUAACGGUUUGCUAGUUUAGAACUGUAACCAAAUGAACUGGUCAAAGAACAUAUAUCUAAAACACUUAAGGCAUUAGAAAAUUUGGGAAUGUUAAAACCUAAACAUUUUUGCUGAUAAUUCUUGUUAUUUAUAGAACUGACAUUUGUGGAUUUCAACAUACUUCUGGAAAUAUAUGCCUUUUUAAAAACUGUUAACAUAACCAUGCAUUCAGCCCCAUGGCCUACCCACAGAAUUGAAUCUUUUGGAGCAGGUUACCUGUGGCAAGUCAGUGCCGUGUUUAGGUAAAUGCAGUUAACUUUUAGUUUUCUACUUUCUCUUAUAUGAGGUAGAAAUCAGUGUAUCUUAUAAAUGUUUGUCUAUAAAAGGAAAAAUACAUACUAUUAAAAUAAUUUCUUAUGACUGUGAAUCACUCAUUCCCCCCAAUAGUUGAUAUUGGACAUUCCUAGUGGUAUUAGGUAUGUAUGUAACUUACAGUUUUUCAACCAAAAGUUGAAAGUAUUUCAUUUGAUCAGGGCUCUUUAAUCUCAUUUGCUUUGUUUGAAUUAACUGUAGUUAUUUUAUUUAUUCCUGUAUUACCAGUCUAAGCCUAUUGUAGUGACAUGUACACUAAUAAAGAAUCAGAUAUUUGUACUUGUUGGCAGUGAACCCAGUUGUUGGUGAAUUUAAAACUUAAAAUGUGGGAGCGAUUUGCUGCUGCAUUUCCUUUGAGAAAUAAUGGAAGAAGAAAUAGAACCCAAAAAUGAUCAUGAAUUUUAGGGAAAGUACUGAAAAAGCAUGUGGCCCGCUCUGGUUUCUCCUGUGAAUAAGGAAAGAUUCUGAUUCCCAAAUGAAAACCUCAUUUUUAAGGAGGGCAGUCUUCUUUUUUAUUUUUAUUUUAUUUUAUUUUUGUUUAAUCCUCACCCAAUGAUAUAUUUUUCCAUUGAUUUUUAGAGAGAGUGGAAGGGCGAGAGGGAAGGAUAGAGAGAGAAACAUCUAUGUAAGAGAGACACAUCUAUAGGUUGCCUUCUGCACGCAUCCUGGCCAGGGCUGGGGAUUGAACCUGCAAUCCAGGUAUGUGCCCUUGACCGCGAAUUGAACCAGCGACCCUUUGGUGCAGAGCCUGGCGCACUAACCACUAAGCACCGUUAGCGUGGGCAGGCCAGGCAGGUGGUCUGCAUUUUUAUAACUGUUAGCAAAAUGUGCAGGCUGCUUUGUGCUUUGCUUUAUGAAUUUGGCUUCAUCUCAUAUUUUAACUCAUGUAAAGAUGCAUCUCUUAAAUUUUAUAAGUAUUGAUCCAUUUCAACAAAAAGGUAAAUGUAAAAUACAGACUUCAUUAUUUUCCAAAGAUGAUUUGUGAAAUAAUUUUUUUGCAGAUGUUUAAAGUAAUUUCAUUGGCUUUUGCUACCUCUCAUUUCUUUCCCCCUGUAAUGUAGCUUAAACCAUGGCAAACAUUCCUUGGAAACUAAGAGAAAAAAGGUAUCAGGAAGGACAUGGAAUUUAGUGUGAUACAAUUUCACCUCAAGUGGGUCUAAAGAACCACAACUUUGUUAUUAAAAAAAGAUGAUCAUCUGAUUUCCUCCCUUUUAAGUAUAUAAUCAGAUGAUUUUGUGGGUUUUUAAAAAAUAUUGGUUUCUUUUAUUUGAUGUAUUUAGUUUUCUGUUAUUAAUUGUUCUCUUUUAUGUUCAGUGUUUCAAAUACAGUUUGUAUUUAAAGAUUUUAAAGUACCAAAAUUGUAACUAAGUACAGUGGAUUGUUUUCUGGUAUGAUAUUAAAUAUGAAAUGUAUAAAGUGUUGUCAAUUUGAUUAUUGACACAUAUACUAUGUUUACAAAUAAACUGGUGGUAAUCAA